UGGGAUGACGGAAAGACUCGAUUGUCUAAAUUGAGAUGAGCAAAAGAGACUCAAAAUAAUGCAAAGAGAAAUAAGCAAAGUGAUUGAACAUCAAUGAUAGUAGGCUCAGAUCCAAAUGCAAUCUGCUGCAAGUGCGCAAAGGUGCGAACUUUAUAGCUAAAAGCUAAGCUCCCUUCUUCUUCCCGUCGCUCUCCUCCUCCGUCAAGCUCAGUGCUCCGACCGACGGGAGCCGCGAAUCGGGAUCACCCGCGGCGGCGCGACGGUUUCGCCGAUUGUCUCUCGAGCUUGAGCUGGAGAGGAAAUUCAUCUGGAGAAGCGGAGCCGUCGCUCUGCGCGGAUGGGAUCAGGUGAGGGAUUUGUGGGUCGUUCGGAUCGCCGCUCCAACCCUAGAGAAGAGGAGAGGGGAGACAUGUCAGCGUGGGCAUAGGGGAAUUUUGGGUCAAUGGUUUAUGUUGCUGUAGCUGUUGUUCCGUUGCUGUCACUCUGGGUCUGGCCUCUUUCCUGCUUUUCUGCCUGAUUGCUUGCUUGCGCUUGCUUGAUUCUUGUUGCUCCGUCGCUAUCGGCGCUCGUCGGCUGAUGUUGUGCAACUCAAGCAUAGAAAGAUCUGCCCUUUAACCGACCCGGUUCCGUUGAGUUCGAUCUCUCCGGAAUUUCGAUGGAUUAGGCAUUGCGGAAUUGCGAAACGACGGCAAAAGGCGAAAAGGAGAGAUUUUCCCUCGAUUCGAAUCGGACCGAUUAGCCCUGGGUGGUGGUGAUGAUCGGGGCUGUGCAGCUGGGGGUUCUGGCUGCGUGCGUGGUGCUGUUCGUGCCGAUGGGAAUGGCGGGCUGGCACUUGAGCCGCAACAAGAUGUUGUUCUUCAGCGGCGCCCUCUUCAUCACCCUCGCCGUGGGCGUCCACUUGUCCCCUUACUUCCCAUCCUUCUCCCAAUUCCUGACGUCCCCCGCCACCACCGUGGUUUUGGGCGACGGUCGCGGCUCUUGUCUCUCUCUCUUGCACGACAUUGUCUGGGAUGUGAAGCCGGCCAGACUCAUGCGACCCGUGAGCUAUACAGAUAGCAAUACCAACGGCAGUAGCAAGAGCUCUGCCUACGAUCGGGAGUUGUUGUGGAGCUGGGUGAGAUCAAAGUCUGUCCUUGAAUGUGAUUUCCAGAAACUGCGGUCUUCUGAUGCUUCGGAUCUACUGAAUGGGUCAUGGGUUGUUGUGGCUGGGGACUCGCAAGCACGUUUGGUCGUGCUAUCUCUGUUGAACUUGGUUUUGGACUCAGAUCAGAUGGAAUCUGUCAAAGGUGAUUUGUUCAAGAGGCACAGCGAUUACAGGAUCACUGUUGCUGGAAUUGCGUUGAAGUUGGAUUUCAUUUGGGCACCUUAUACUUCUAACUUGACUGAUUUGAUGUUAAGGUUCAGGCAAAAUGUGAACCUUCCAGAUGUUCUUAUAAUGGGUUCUGGACUGUGGCACAUGCUUCAUGUCAGCAAUGCCUCUGAUUAUGGUGUUUCACUGCAGAUGUUGAGCAGUUCUCUUGUAUCAUCAUUACCAUUUUCGCAAGAAUUAGGCGACGAUGGACCUGUAACAGGGUCUGUGCCAAUUAGAUCGCAACAUUUGUUUUGGCUUGGGAUGCCAACUCUAAUAAACUCGAGGCUAAACACAGAAGAAAAGAGGGAAAAGAUGAAUAACCGGGCUUUCUAUUCGUACAAUAUGGAGCUCCAUAAGAGUAGGAUACUGCGGCAGGCGGGUGGCCAUUUCUUUCUGCUGGACAUUCAUUCAUUAACCCAGAGUUGUGGACCUCAGUGCACAGAGGAUGGGAUGCAUUAUGAUGGAGCUGUCUAUAAUGCUGCUGUACAGAUUGUCCUCAAUGCAUUGCUUAUUGAAUCCAAUCAAAAGCUCUGAAUGAAAAGUUUUGGUAUUUUUGGCGUAAGCAAUUCAUAGGCAAAACUGACCAUGAUGAUUUGAACUCCCACAAAGCAGCCAUCUUCCUCCCAAGAAGAGACGUACUUUUUUUGUAGUUAGUUUGAUCAUUGCCAUUGCGUUUCUGUUGAUUAACAAUAUGUCAUUGCCAAACAAGCAAAUAGAAAAGUUAUUAUUCUUUUGUUCCCUUAAUUUUGUAUCUUUAAUUUUGGUUAAGAGCUUCGCUAUGUUACGCUGAGUACUUACUUGUAUUGGCUAUAGUCAUCUUUAAUCAAAUUUGGAAUUCUUUGUCUA